UUUUUUUUUUCGAGUUGAUAAUUUUUUUUUCCCUUUCAUUUACCUCUCUCCAUACUAGACUCGAAUAAAAAUGAACAUUAGACCAGCUACUGUCGAAGAUUUAAUCUACAUUCAAAACUGUAAUUUACUUGAUCUUCCUGAAAAUUAUCAAAUGAAAUACUAUCUUUACCAUGCUUUAUCAUGGCCUCAAUUAUCUUUUGUCGCUGAAGACGAAAACGGAAAAAUUGUUGGAUAUGUGUUAGCCAAAAUGGAGGAAGAACCCGCAGACGUUCCUCACGGUCAUAUUACAUCUAUAUCUGUCAUGAGAACAUAUAGACGCUUGGGUCUUGCUCAAAAAUUAAUGACCCAAUCCACUAACCAAAUGGCUACCGUCUUUGGUGCCCAUUAUGUCUCUUUACACGUUCGUAAAACUAAUCGUGCUGCUAUUGGGCUUUAUAGAGACACUUUGAAAUUUGAUGUGCAUGAUAUUGAAAAGAAGUAUUAUGCUGACGGAGAAGAUGCCUAUGCUAUGCGCUUAAUUUUAAAAGAAACGAAGCCUGUUAUUCGUGGUGUUGUUGAAGAAGUGAACCAAGUUGCUGUUAAUUAAUAAACAACUUAAUCAAGAUUAUUAUCCAAAAAUUUCUUAAUUUGUUCUAAUACAUCUUUUUUCACAGAUUCUUUAAUUAUAGCUCUACCAUAAUCACCGACUUCCUUUUCUAAUUCUUCAAGUGUUGUCUUUUCCAAGUUUUUAUUUCUUAUAACAUCGCGAGUAUAUGCAUCUAGAUUACCGUUCCAUCCAGAUUCGAUUAAUCGAGUCCGUAAGAAUUGUAAUAAUCUUUUAUAUAUAAGUAUAUGGUAUUUUUAUGCAUUUGGAUAAGAUGUACCUUUCUUUUUCGCCCGAUUCCAC